AUGGUGCUGCCAUCGAACAUCAAGUUUUUGAUUCUCAAACCGCGAGCAACCAACUCUGGCUCCGGUUCCAGCACAAACAAUGACGAUAAUACCCGUGUUGACGAUCAAAAGUGCAUACCAUUGACGUCGAAAAAUCGUGACUCUAAUACAGAUCAAUCUAGAAAUAAAGAAAACAACAGUUGCAGGAAUAUCGACACAGCUCAGACACAGUUAGGGGAGAAAAUUCAGAAAAUGACAUCUGUCGAUUUCAAACGCAAGGCCACAGACGACAAAAGGACCGACCAUCAACAAAAAAAUAAAAAAUUUCGUAUUGACAAAGCGAUGGUUACAUUCCACGGAGAAUCUUCGUUGACCGAGUCUUACAAACAAAAAUUUCGAGAAGAAUGGAAACCGAAAUACCCUUGGCUGGAGCAAAGGUCGAAUCAGGCAUUUUGUAAAGCAUGUAUCAAAGUUAUAAUCGGAGGGAAGUCGCAUAUUGAACGCCAUGCUGCGACAAAUGCUCAUCAAUUGAAAAUUGAGUCAGCCCAAAGCACGUGCGAGAUUCAGCAGUUUUUCAAAGACGACGAAAAAGAAAACAAGAAACUCGUCACGGUUGCUGAACUCAAAAUGACCAUGUUUCUACAUGAGCAUAAUUUGCCUUUCUUGCUUAUGGACCAUUUCGGGAAGUUCCUCGUGUCUGUGUGCCCUGAUUCCGAAAUCGCCAAAGCUGUAAAAUGUGCUCGGACGAAAGCUACAAGUCUGACAAAAGAUUGCAUCGCAGCUGAGCAAAUUGCAAUAAUCUCGGAACAGUUGAGAAACGGAGUUUUUUCAAUAAUCAUCGAUGAAACUACAGACGUAAGCGCCGAGAAAUCACUGGCAAUUGUUGCACGUUUUUACGAUGAACAACAGAAGCAAUGCAAAGAUAAAUUUCUCGGACUCAUCAAAGUAGUUUCAUGCACCGCCGAAGAUUUGUUUACGGCGAUCUGCAAACAUUUCGAUGAUCUUCAAAUUCCCUUUACGAACAUGAUAGGAUUGGCAGCUGACAACGCUUCCGUCAUGAUGGGAUCAAUAAGCGGAGUUCAAGCUCGAUUCAAACAAAUCAUUCCGAAUUUGUUCGUGCUUGGCUGUGUAUGCCAUUCGUUCAAUCUUUGUUCGUCAGCAGCAGCACAAAAGUUACCAAGAAGUUUAGAGGAUAUGAUUCGAAGCAUUUAUAAUUACUUUGCUCAUAGUAGUAAUAGAGUGUCAAAGUUGCAAGAAUUUCAGGCUUUCGUCGAACUGAAGCCACACAAAAUGUUACGUCCUAGUCAAACGAGAUGGUUGUCUCUUCAGGCGGCUGUAGAUCGCGUCUUAGAAAACUGGACUGCGUUAACUCUCUUCUUCACGAAUGAGUGCUUCGAAGAUAAUCUGCAAUCGGUUCAAAACAUUCUCGGCCAGUUACAAACACCUAUAUACAAGGUAUAUUUCACGUUUCUCUCAUACGUUCUGGAGCUCGUCAACAAGCUGAACGUCGAAUUUCAAGCCGAGAAACCUAAAUUGCAUCUUUUAUUGAGUCGAGUACGAGCGUUGUAUCGAUCGAUACUUCGUAACUAUAUUGAGAUAAAAUAUCUCGAUAGAAUAUCUUUACAAAAUAUCAAUCCAAGCGAUCCAAGACUUUUUUUGAAAUUGGAACAAGUUUAUUUUGGCGCACAAACAGAUUUGCUAUUAUCCAAUAAGGAUAUUGAUCCGAAAGAACUGCACAGCUUCAGAACGCAUGCUCUCAGUUAUUACGUCCUCCUUGCAGAACAACUAAAAAAACGUUUUAAUUUUGACGACGAAGUUUUAUUAUUCAUGAGCUGGUUCAAUCCUGCAAUCGCAGUAUCGGGUGAUAUCUCAAAUAUUGCAACCCAAUCUUUUAAACUUUUUCCACAACUCGUGAACGAUCUUGAAAGAUUGAAUAUCGAAUGGCGUCUCGUGGCCGAUUUAUCAGAGCUUAAAGCAUUCAAAGAGGAAACAUUGGAGACAUUUUGGACGCACAUUUUUCAGAUUAAAAAUGAUUUAAAAGAUUUGAUGUUUCCAAAUUUAACAAAAUUAGUAAAAGGAUUAUUGUGUUUGCCUCAUUCGUCAGCAGCGGCUGAACGAGUAUUUUCACAGUUGAAUCUUUUAAAAAAUAAGAUGCGAAACAAAUUGCAUGUCGAUACUUGCGAGAGUAUCCUCCAUGCGAAAGAACUUUUGGAUGACAAAACGUGUCAUAACUGGCAACCAAGUCAGGCAUUAUUGAAAAGAAAGCCUCAGUAUGAUUCGAAUGCCAACAAACAAAAAAUAAGUACAUAG